CCUCCGCAAUGGCAUCUAGAGUUGUCUGGCUCCUGUUCUUCACCGUGGGCUCCUCCUUCAGCUUGGGGGCAGAGACCCUGUACGUGGGAAUGUCCGUCCAGUCAUUCAGUAAAGAUACUUAUGGAUCAGUGGGCUCGACCCCCAGCCACAGUAAGUCUCCAUUGAACGGCAACAGCAUUGUGGGUGAUGAUGAUCACGCUGAGGACCAACCACUGCCUCUAAGUGGCCUGCACAGGGUGAAAGCAAUUGACCCACAUCUGCUGUCUGUGGACAAAAGGAAAAAGGUUAAAAAUGCAGUAGAAAACCACACAGGGUUGAGGAAGCAGCCUGUUCACCGCCACAUCAAGGGCCUUCCAUCUGAGAGCCACGAGGAGGGAACUCUUCCUGCUGCUUACUUCAGCCAAACCAACCGGAUGCUUACAAAUAGGCUUCAUUUGGAGGCCACCAACAGCAUCGCUUCCUAUUUGCACCAAUAUGUACAUUCCCAUCAGAAAGGCAGGCUGCUGGCUGAAGUCUAUGCCUUCAAGAACACAGACUCGGAUACUGCCCAGUCCCCUGGCCUGUAUCACCUCAAUCGACCAGGCAAGGGAAAUUCCUACUACAAACUCAGCAACGCCCUCCGAAAUACCACCGUAUCCUCCUUGCUCACAAAUCGGCAGGCGUCCAGCAUUCUGCGUCGCUUCAGUGCAUUCAAGGAAGAUGCUGACAAUACAGAAGUGUGUCGGACUGAUUGCAGGAGGGACCGUGAGGAAGUGGAGGCCUACUGCACCAGUGAAUUUGCGGUGAACGGGAUUGUUCAUGAUGUCAACGUGGUACAGAAAGGGAUGCGCUUGGUGAUGUUGUUGGUAAACAGCAAUGGACUGUACAAGAUUAAUCGCCUGUUCAUCAACCCUGAUGGCUUCUUCUUUCAAGUUCACAUGCUAGUCGUGGAUGCCUUAAACUGCAGCAAACCCUGUCCGGACUUCAAACUUGGCAGCAGAUACAUCGUGAUGGGCCAUAUUUACCACAGGAGACGGCAGUUGCCGAGAGCUCUGCAAGAGCAUCUAAGAGGGCAUCUGAGACCUGGAGAUGGGCUGCUUUGGAGCGGGAGUUACGUGAAAAGGUUCAACAAGAGGCGGGAUCGGAAAGUUCAAGCAGCAGCUCAUCGUGCCUGCAGCUGAGGAGGCAGCACGGCCACAGUCCAUGCAGUUCGGGGGUGCUUCUGUCAGAAAAAAAUGGCCCCUGCUUUCAUCACAAUUUGAUAUACCUUCUCUAUAAAUAAUUAAAAAAAAAUGGUUCCUGCCUAAUGGCAAACAGUAAAGAGGUACAGAGACAUGUGUUUUCUGCUGGAAUGUCUUACUCUUAAUGUAAGCAUUGAUGGACUCCUGCUAUUUUAGCAAUAUUUCUUUUUAAUCGUAUUACUUCAGGAGGACAAGCAUUUAAUCCAAAAACAAUCUGAGGUUUGGUACAUUUUUACAGGUGAAAAAAUCAACAUAAUAGGAACGGUUCUUGCUGAAGACCUCUGCAAAUGUCUAUGUGAAUGAUGAAAUGCUAUGAUAUACACUUAACAAACACCUAUUUGUUUCUUGUGCAGGAAUACUAAGAGACCAUACUGUGCACU